UUCCAUUAUUUUCAUUCUCUGGACGAGAGAAACCGAGAGUACAGGGCGCGCAGGGGAGACAGAGCAGGAAAUUCUCUGAGCUCCAAUCUUGAGCCCUAGUGAUCCAAAAAUCCCGUAAGUAAUGCCUAAUUCAUCCAUACAUCGUGAUUUAUCGAUUUAGAGCUUUAAAACGAGUUUUUAGUUCAGGAAUUUCUUGAAUUCCGGAUAAGCCAAAUUAGGGUUUCGGAGUAUCCGGAAGCCGGAUUGAGCCCAAAUUUCAUAUACUAGCUUCCUGCAGCGAGGUAAUCAAUCCUCUAGUUCUAAUCCCUGAAUUUCGGCAAUUAUUUAGGCCGGGGUCCAAACCGCUGAAUUUAGCUCCGGCCAGGGUUUGAUGUGUUUUUAUCGAGAAUUUGACCCGGAGCCUAGAACUAAUAUUGACGGGGAUACUGCAGGGGAUAUUAGGACGGUCUCGGAUUUUAAUUCGGGGUUCGUUCCUGAAAUUGAUGUUUUAGUACGGGAAGGUUAAACCAGUGUUUGAACGACCAGAACUGGUGAGGGAUUAGCAUGGCAUACCGGGUUUGUCGUAUCACGAUAAUUAUAUUGAUGCUUAGAAUUGAUCUAGGUGAACUAGAAUGGCAUGAUUAGGGGUGUAUGAACUUUUGUGCUAUAUGUUGAACCCUGGAUUGCUGUAUGAUAUUAUUGACUUGCCCUAAUCGAUAUGAACCUUGUUUAUGCUGAUGAUUGUGUAUAUGUUGCAAAUUGUGGGCUGGACUGUUAAUAUGCUUUACGAUGGUUCGAGAAGGUGAUUAGGUAUGACUUUUCAUGAUUGUUGUAUUUGGAUGCACAAGUGGGAAAAUAUAUAUUCCCUGGUGAUAUUAUGAUGUUUAAGGAGGAUGACUUGCACGAGGGUUUAUCCCGAGGAAGUGCAAUUAUACGACUCCUGAUUACCUAUGUUGAGCCAAUUAUGGCAAGGUCAAGUACAUGUGCAAGUAAUGAAUUAUGAUUAAGCAAGAUGAGAUAUAAAUCAUGUAUAACGAUACCAAAUAUGAGUGUUGUGGUCUCACGGUCAACUACAUAGUAAUUAAGGCUCCCUAUGCUAUUACUCUAUUAUGAUAUGUAUGAUAGUCACACCUCUCAUGUGGUGGUGACUGAAGAAUUCUUACGAGAUAUGACCAAACCCAGAGCGGUGUCGGGGUAUGACUACACCCAUAGUGGUGUGGGGUAUGUAUGACCACAUCCGAUGGGAUGUUGGGGUAUGUAUGACUACAUCCGACGGGAUGUGGAGUAUGUUUCCCGGGAGAGUUAUUAGCAUGGGAGUAGCCAGGCGCCUAUAAGUAAAACAUGAUAAGAUGCAUAUGCAUAAGUCAAGGUGGUUGAGUCCUUUGCCUAUUGGGAUGUCGGAGGGCUGAGAUCUGAUCCCAGUGCUUUGGCUUGUUUGCUAGAUGUAUGGUAGGGGUAUGCUCUGUUAUGAACUCACGAUGCUAUGAUUAUCUCACUCAGCUAUGAGCUGACCCUCUUUUAUUCUUCUUCUCUGCUUAUGCUAUGUGUAAGCAGAUCAUCAGCAGAAGCAGAUAAGUGUUAGGUGGGAGAGGAGCUAGAGUUGAAGGCAAGAUGAGGUAUGGUCUUCAGCUAUUCUGUGCUUGGACUAUUACUCGGGAUUUUGGCCAGUGAUCCACACCUUUUUGUAAAAAUGUUUUGAGAACGUUUUUCAUGUGCAUACUAGCUUCUGAUCUAGUGUGAGAUAUCCACAGGUGUGGAAAGUUGAUGAUAUGUGUAUAUGUUGUGUAACUGUGUAAGUUGUGACGAUUAUGGUAUGUAUAAGUAUGGUAUGCAGUUGUGGAGUAUGAAAAGUGUGACCAUGGCUAAGAAAAGCCAAUGCAUAUGGUUGUGAGUAUAUAUGUUUGUGAUGAAUUAUUUUGCAGGAUAAGUUGCAAGAACUGUUAGCCCAUUACGCGAGUAAUUUAUGUCGAAAUUUUAUUUGAGUAAAUUUUGAUAAUUAAUGUAACACCCGAGAUUAAUUCUGCUGCAAUUGUAUGAACAAUAUGAUUAGGCAAAACGUAUAGGGUAGGGUGUUACAACAUGCAUCCCAAGAGCACUUCUACUAUGCUAUAAAGCAUUGGUGCUUUAAUGUACAACUUGAAAUCGUACCAUAACGUUAAAUGUAUAAGUUCAGGUUGUACCAUGAAGGAAUUUGUACCCUUAUGUUAUGGUACAACUUUACAACUUAAAGUUGUACCAUCACAUAAUGGUACAAGUUCAAAUUGUACCAUAAAAGAAUUUGUACAAAACAGUAUAGGUACAAUCUGAAGUUGUACCAUAACGUUGAAAGUACAACUUCGAGUUGUACCAUAAAGGCAAAAACUUAUAGUACCAAUGCUAUAUAGCAUUGUAAAAUUCCUCUGCAUCCCAAUUCUUUAUUUAUAAUAUUGGUUAAUAAAUUAUUAUUAUUAUUAUUAUUAUCUAUGUAACAUUACAUAUUAAAAUCACUAUUCCUUACUAUAUUCAAUUUCAAUCAUGACCUCUUUUUUUCCUAUACUUAACUAUCUAAGUACUUUUCAUAAAAAAAACUAUCUUACUACUUUUUCACAUUACAAAAGUAUGUGUAACACUAUUUGAUAACAGAUUUACUAUAAAUACAUUAUGUAAACCUUACAUAACGAUAUUUAUUCCUUAAAUAUCAAUUAAAUAGAACGUAUUGUUUAAAUCUUUCCUUGAAUAAGACAAUAUGUAAAGCUUAUGGAGAUUUACUAAUUUAUUUUGAAUCAAUUAAAUAUACAUAACUUUUCCGCGAUACAAAUUUGAAUGAAGAUUCAUAAAUUUUAACUAAAUAAUUUACAAUCUCAUCAAUUUGCAUUACACAAAUUUUUUCUAAGGUCGUUUAGUUGUUAUAUAAUAUUUUGAUAAAAUGUGAUACUUUUAAAAUUUAUUAUUAACUAUAAUGUUCACCAUCCAAUCAAUUUAGAUUAGAGAAAAAUUAAUGUUUACAUAGUAGUUUAAUCGAAUUAUACUUCCCAUAAUUUGAUUAUAUUAUUAGACCAUACAUUAUAAAAUAUUUAGGCAGCACCAUUCUAUAACAAUUAUGUAAAUUACAGAUUCAUUACGCAAAGCUUAUAAAGAGAUAAUUUUCUUAUGUAUUAAACAAAACAUAUUACUCUAGUCUUCCAUGUAGCUCGCACGGAUGUUGUCAUAAUGUUCCUACUGACCAGUCGAGAGGAGUGGGGGCGGUUGAUGCAAGGCCGCCAGUAUUAGACUAUGCAAAGAUGAAGAGUUUGGGUGGUAGGGACUUCAAGGGAGAUGUGAGCCCAGAUGCUGUAGUAGAGUGGUUGAGAGAGAUGGAAGAUGUGUUUGAGUAUCUUUAUGCAACCCCAGAGGAAAAAGUGCAAUAUGUUGUUUUUCUCCUAAAGGGGUACGCGAGGAGCUGGUGGUCCUCAGUUUCUAGAGUUAAUGGUGAACGAGUUCAGUUCACCUGGGAGGAGUUCCUGAAGGCCUUUAAGACAGAGUUUCUUCCCGAAGCUUUUAUCAGGGCAAAGAAUAAUGAAUUCGCCAACCUUAAGCAGGAGAACAUGACAGUUACUGAGUACACCAUCAAGUUUGUUCGACUACUCUACUUUGAAGAUGGGUUGGCGGAUACUGAGCAUAAGAAGAAGAUGAGAUACUUACAUGGUCUGCGCCUAGGGUUGAAAGAAAAGAUCCACAGGGUUGAUGAAGAGAGUAUGGCCACUAUCAAGGAGGCAGCACUUAAGUAUGAAGCCUAUGAAGUUGAGGGUAGCGAGGAAAACAAGGCCAAAGAAGAGGAGAAGAAGAGGAAGUUUGGAGUAAAUUAUGCUGGACCUCAUUACCCACCCAGGAGAAGUCCUAGCAGUUUUUGGAGAACACAGAGUCAAUCUAUGUCGGGAACAUCAUACAGGGCACCAAUUUCCUCAGCCACACAAUUUCCAUUUUGUCAAGUUUGUCAGAAGAGGUAUCUUGGAGAGUGUAGGAGAUUUUCUGGUGUAUGCUUUCACUGUGGCCAACCUAGGCACAUCAUGAGGGAUUGCCCGCAUUCGAGAGAAGUAAGAGCUACACAGUCCGAGCCUUCAGUGCAAUUUAGUAGAGCCCUAUUCAGGGGUGGUUACCAGGGAGGCCGUAGUGGAUUUCAAAGUGGUCGUGGUGGUUCACAGGGUGGUAGAGGUGGUGGUCGAAAUCAGCCAUCAGGAAGUGGUACACAGGGUACCAGAGGACAAGGAGCAUCGAGGGUUUAUGCAAUGACUCGAGGUGAGGCAGAAGUGGCACCAGAAGUUGUGACUGGUAUGCUUUCUAUCCUUGGCAAGCAAUUAUAUGCUUUGAUCGAUACUGGUUCCUCUCACUCAUUCAUGUCAUAUACAUUUGCACAUAUGCUACGCUUAGUUCCAGAUAAGCUAGGUUAUACCUUAUGUGUUAAAACACCUGUGGGAGAUACCUUGAAGGUAGACUCAGUUAUUAGAAGUUCCUUCAUUUGUGUGGAUGGAGCUUUCCUAGCAGCAGAUUUAAUUCUGCUACCUUUUGAUGAAUUUGAUGUCAUCCUUGGAAUGGACUUUCUAGCAACACAUGGAGCUGUUGUGGAUUGUCAAAAGAAAGAAGUGUUAUUUAACGCACCAGAUAAAGGUCCCGUUGUAUUCCGAGGCAUUAAGAAAAAGGAGACUCAUGGUUUUCUUUCUGCCUUGGAAGCUUUUCGAUUAGUAAAGGAAGGUUGUGAAGCCUUUCUUUCUCAAGUUACUGUUGUAAAUGAUAAGAAGGUUGAGGAUGUAGAGGUGGUAAGGGAGUUUCCUGAUGUAUUUCCCGAAGAACUUUCCAGCCUUCCACCAGAAAGGGAAAUAGAGUUUGAUAUUGAAUUAGUACCUGGCACAACACCAAUUUCAAUGGCACCCUAUAGAAUGGCACCAAUUGAGCUGAAGGAACUUAAAGAACAAUUGCGAGAAUUGCUAGACAAGGGGUUUAUUCGACCUAGCAUCUCACCAUGGGGUGCACCGGUUUUGUUUGUCAAGAAGAAAGAUGGCUCCAUGAGAAUGUGCAUUGACUACCGGAGGUUGAAUAAGGCGACAGUGAAGAAUCGUUAUCCCCUUCCAAGAAUAGAUGAUUUGUUUGAUCAAUUUGAGGGUGCAUCUGUCUUUUCUAAGAUUGAUUUGAGGUCUGGAUACCAUCAACUGAAAGUGGCAGAUGGAGCGACCUCAAAGACAGCUUUUAGAACAAGAUAUGGGCAUUAUGAGUCCCAUUAAUGUGGCAGCGGUAUUUAUGGCUCUUAUAAACAGAGUGUUUCAUGAAUAUCUUGAUAAGUUUGUGAUUGUGUUCAUAGAUGAUAUUCUCAUCUAUUUUAAAAGCGAGGAGGAGCACAAAACUCACCUUAGAAUUGUGUUGCAAAUUCUAAGGGAGAAACAAUUAUAUGCAAAAUUCUCAAAAUGUGAGUUUUGGCUGAAGGAGGUAAUAUUUCUGGGACAUGUAAUUUCUGGAAGAGGUGUCGAGGUGGAUCCGAAAAAGGUGAAAGCAGUGGUGAGUUGGGCUCCACCAAAAGAUGUGUCGGAGUUGAGAAGUUUUCUUGGCAUGGCUGGUUAUUAUCGGCGGUUUGUCGAAGAAUUUUCUAAAAAACUAUCUAACUACUUUUGCACAUUACUAAAGUAUGUGUAUCACUAUUGAUAACAGAUUUACUAUAAAUACAUUAUGUAAACCUUACAUAACGAUAUUUAUUCCUUAUAUAUCAAUUAAAUAGAACGUAUUGUUUAAA